UGGUUUUGUCAACUACCACAGUUAGUAGUCUGAUUCCGUCGUCUGCACAACAAGCAAACAAAAAAUUAUCAACAUGAAAUUCGUUAUCGUUUUCGUCGCCCUCUUCGCUUUGGCUUUUGCCGCCCCCGCUGAUGUCGAAGUCGUCGAAUCGAGAUCCGUUGUCGAGCCAGAGAGCUACGACUUUGCCGUGAAGACCAGCGAUGGUACCUCAAAGCAGGAAUCUGGUUCAAUCGUUAACCCAGGUGCUGAGGAUGAACACAUUUCUGCCCGUGGUUCAUACUCUUUCGUCGCUGAUGAUGGUGUUACCUACACCGUCACCUAUGUUGCUGAUGAGAACGGUUUCCAACCACAAGGUGCUCAUUUGCCCGUUGCCCCAGAAGCUUAAGUCAACUUCUAUUAACGAAGUGUAUUUCCUUGGGACUGUUAUUAGCGUUUAAGUGUAAAAAAGAUGUUGAAGAAAUAAAAGAGAUUAAUUAAAAAUUCAAAAA